AUGUUGAAGCUGAAGAGCCCGUACCCAGAGCAAGGGGGAUUCGCUUCCCUGGCCCACGUGCCCUCUUUCCAGCUGGAGCACAGCUACCCACAGCACAUGGAUGGCAAUGGGAGUUUGAAUGGCAGUGAUGGCGGGCAGAAAGAGGGCCUUCCUUACCCCUUGCCCACUACCUUAGCCCUCAUCUUCCUGGCCACGUUGCUGAUGCUCUUCACCAUUUUUGGCAAUGUAUUAGUUAUCAUUGCUGUCUUCACCAGCCGGAUGCUGAGGGCCCCUCAGAACCUCUUUUUGGUUUCCUUGGCCUCAGCAGACAUCCUGGUGGCCACCUUGGUCAUUCCAUUUUCUCUUGCCAACGAGGUGAUGGGCCAGUGGUAUUUUGGGAAGGUAUGGUGUGAAAUCUACCUGGCUUUGGAUGUACUCUUCUGCACCUCUUCCAUUGUGCAUCUCUGCGCCAUCAGCUUGGAUCGCUACUGGUCCAUUACGCAGGCCAUUGAGUACAACCUCAAGCGCACACCACGCCGCAUCAAAAGC